AUGUCUUAUCAUAUUUCUUCUUCGAAAGCUCAAUCAACAUCCAACCAGCAACCCCCUCCGGAGCAGAAAUCAUCUACAAAUGAGCCGGUGACGAUUAAGACGGCUCAGAGUACUGUCACCUGCGUCUAUCAGGCUCACCUUGCCGGUUUUUGGCGCAAUGUCACAGUCCUGUGGUGCAAGAACCUCAUGAACCAUACUCUCAGCAUUUCUGUUGAUAGCGUCGAAAGUGACCAUCAUCAGUCCUGCAAAAUUGACCUCAAGCCAUGGCACUUUUGGAGCAAAAAAGGGUACAAAACCUUUGAAGUUGACCAUAACCAAGUGGAUGUCUACUGGGACCUGCGCUCGGCUAAGUUUGCUGGUCCUGAGCCAUGUACAGAUUUCUACGUCGCCCUAGUCUCUGAUGAAGAGGUGGUGUUGCUGAUAGGGGAUUACAAGAAAAAGGCUUAUAAGAGAACCAAAUCAAGGCCUGCACUAGUCGAAGCAGUGUUGUUUUACAAAAAGGAACAUGUAUUUGGCAAGAAGAGUUUCUCUACAAGGGCCAAGUUUGAUUACAAGAGAAAAGACCAUGACAUUGUUGUGGAGAGCUCAACGACAGGUCCUAGAGAGCCCGAAAUGUGGAUUAGCAUUGAUGGGAUCGUGUUGAUUCACAUUAGGAACUUGCAGUGGAAAUUCAGGGGUAACCAAACCGUUUUCGUUGACAAACUACCGGUGCAAAUUUUCUGGGAUGUCCAUUCUUGGCUGUUCUGUAACCCUGGCACAGGCCAUGGUUUGUUCAUCUUCAAGCCAGGUGCGCCCGAAUCAGACAGUGACAAAGAGGAAAGCAAUUGUAAUGGUGAAGGCAGCGAGUGUAGCAGCAGCAGCAAUAGCAAGUAUUAUUCGGCUCAGAGCCACUCAGUAGCAUCACACUUUUGCCUUUUUCUCUGUGCGUGGAAGAUUGAAUGA